AACCAUAGGCCUUUUCUUCUUCCUCGUCUCAAACGCGCGGCCGCCGCCGCCGCCGCCGUUCCCCACCAUCAGCACGAGAUGGAGAGAGGUGCCAUGAUCAUACGCCCUCGCGUGAUUACCGGUUGUGUCGACUGCAACGGCGCCAGAGGCAACCAGUCCGUGGCGCUGGAUCACAUCCACGAUUACUACAAGAGGGCGCUCCGUCGACUGCCGCCGGAGCUGAUCCCGAGCCUCCUCGAGGCCGGCUUCUGCUUCGGUUUCCUCGACCCCGUCUCCAACAUCGUCGCCAACACCGUCUCCCACGAGCUAGGCAAGGGGAGGGAGGCCAACACCGUCUCUGACGAGCUUGGCAAGGGGAGGGAGAAUAGGAAGAGAUCACGGGCCGGCAUCUCCAAGAACGGGGACAAAAGUGAAUCGAGGCGCACGGCCAUCUCCAAGAUCAUCACAGAGUCGAGCAAAAGCAUCCGCCUCCUACCCCGGUCCUCGGACAGCAGCGACGCCCUACUCCUGAACAGCAGCAUCGCUGCCCGAUCGCUUCGCGGCCUCGUCACCUUCCUCACCUCCUACUUCCGCUACCUUAACACCUGGGAUGCCCUGUAUUACCUCAGCCUGUCCAAAGCUGACCUUCUCGUCACCGUGCAUCUCAUCCAGGAAGUUCGUGGCACAAACACCUUCACCAUCCAAGACCCUACUGCAAAAAUAGCUCUGGGAUGCGCUGCCAUCUCCGCCUUGCAUCCCGCACCUGCAGUCGCCACAUUGGUGUCUCGGUCUUUCUUGCUGGCUUCCCUUGUCGACGAGGCUUUCAGCCUCCUUGAGACACAGAACUACAUCAGCCAGUCCAUUAUGGAGAGACUCUCUGAGCUACUCACCCACCCCAGGGAUAUGACAAACCGAGGGAGUCGUGUGCAGCAGGCCAUUGCAAGGCUGCGACACAUGAAAAUGAGGACCGUUACAAGGCUGCAACAAAGGAAGAUGCAACCUCCGGUUGGGUCUGGGCUAGAAAACUCUCUCAAGAUGGUGCUUCUGGAUAAAAUCCAUAUGUUGUACCUGGAGGCGAUUUCCUGCAUACCCAAGGAUGAGCUGCGCUCACUCCACCACCAUGGCCUCCUCAAGGCUGGCUACUGCUAUGGUCCUUGUGAUCCUGUCACCAACAUCAUCCUCAACACCAUUUGGUAUGACACCGCGUUUCCUCCAGAGCAACAUUUUGAGGUUGCAACGAUCUGCACAAAGAGCCUCGCGCGCAUCGAGCUCCUCUCCCUUCAUGGCCUUGUUGCCUACAUCUGCGUCCGUUUCCCUGGCUUUUCUGCAUAUGAAGCUAUGAGACGCCUGCUUAUCUGCAAUGCCAGUCUUCAUAGCGUCAUUGAGAUGGCAAAAAGAGAAGGUCAUGAUGAAGACAUCCUCUUUUCUGAAUCUGUUGCCUAUGAUACUGCGUCUCGUGCUACGCAUCAUCCCAGACCUGCUGCAUUUGUAGAAUUUGCGAGGACAGUGAUGCCGCAUGUGGGGAGAACCCUUGGGUCAACGCGUGAGGUUAAGCGGGGCCUCUCUUCCAGAGAUGUUUUUACCAUAUCUAAAACUUUGCCACUAGAAUUGCCGUCUAGCAAAUCUUCGGAGAAGGUCCAGAUAUUGAGCAGUCCCGCCACCAAAAUCAUCUCAGCAAACCUCGAUGAAUCUAAGGCUUGUCAGGAUACAAUUGUCAAAAUGGUUGAAGCUGCAUUACGCAGAUAUGCUCAACAACAGGCAAGUUAAAUUUGUGUCCUGUAACUUAUUGUUGCAUACUAGCACUUGCUGUGUUGGACACAUUGGCUGAUCUUGUCCUUCUUUAUCUGAUUAUUAUAGAGACAGGAAUAUGAACUUCAUGUUAUCUGUGGUAUGAAUUCUACAAUACCUGAGUAUGGUGUAUUCUACAGUUACCCAUUUUCUCACAUGAACAUCUUGGCGACACGAAGAGGUUCCCAGAAUGAUGACGCUGAUCAAGUUCCCACACUCUUCUUCAUCCAAUGUAGCGAUAGUGAUGUAGACAUGCAGCACAAGGAAUUUUUGUGCUGUCCUAUAUUUGAUCUAACAAAAAAUGCCGGUCGCUGCUAUCGUUGUGAGUAUCAUGGGAUCAAGAUUAUUCAUCCAUCUUCAGAAUCAUACCUUGGGCGUUGCAAGGAUUUUGAAGACAUGGCUCGUGGAGAAAGUGCUUUGACCAUCCAAAGACUUGUUGGACACGGGCAGAGGAAGACUCUGUUUGAUGGUACAUUGGAAUAUGAAGACUCUAUCUAUUCUGAUCCUGCCUUGGCCGCUGAUUUUCGUAAGUUCAUUAAUCGGACUGCUGGGGAUCAAGCUAGGCAGGAAAAAAUGAGGAAGGAAGAGCAUCCCAGGAGUGUGGACCAUUCUCGGAGAGACAAAUUGGAGUACAAGUAGUCCUUGACGUGCACAGCAUUGCUGGUUUAGUUUUACUUUAACUUGGGUUGUUAUUUGUGCCUUUCAUUAUAUCAUACGUAUGAAGCCUGAAGGUGUUAGCAAAGAAAAUCUAUAUAUACUCCUGAUGGCCCUCUCUACUAGUACUGGUUUUGCUGGAACUAAGUUAACUGUGAUGUUUGUUGAACUUGAUUAUAUUUGGAUUAAUUUUUAA